UAGAAAAAUGAUGCUCUUUACCCAACAAUGCAACAAAACUUUAAAAAAAUAAAAAAACCAGAAAAGAAAGGUAAAGAGAGUGGUUGAUGAUUCUGUUCUUGCUUUAAGGGAUUCUGUUCGAUCCCCAUCCUAAGGUCUUCAAUUCAUAAUAAAAGGGCAUGCUUGCUUGAUUCUUCUUCUACUGUUGGAAACUAAUUUUUUGGGUAAACUGUUGAAGUUUUAGAAUGAAGGAUUGGGCUGCUCCCCUCAUAAGUGCGGCGCUGUUUGCACUUCUGUCACCAGGAACACUCUUUCAAAUGCCCGGAAAGAAUCGCCCACUUGAUUUUAUGAACAUGAAGACUAGUAUUGCUUCCAUGUUUGUGCACGCAGUUCUCUACGCUUUGCUUCUUAUUCUGUUUCUUGUUGUUCUCAACAUUCACCUCUACGUCUAGGAAGCAAUUAGGUUGCUAGAUAGGACAAAAACUAUGUUCCUCAUCUCUUUAUUUUGCUGCUCUUGAUCGAUGUAAGCCCUCGGGAAAUCAGAAAUGAAGAGGUUGUAUAACAAUCA